ACGUCGUCGAAAACGCAAAGUCCCCUUCAAAAAAAAAAUCCCCAAAUCCGCCAUGGGCGAGACCGAGCAAUCGCAGAUCUCCGACGUGACAAUCGAGCAAUCGCAGAUCUCCGACGGCACCGGCGCGGCGGAGCGGCAACCGAACAUUACCUUCAGCAUAUGGCCGCCGACUGAGCGCACGCGCGAUGCGGUCAGGAACCGCCUAAUUGAGACGCUUUCGUCGCCUUCCAUUCUUUCGAAGCGAUACGGAACUCUCUCACGCGAGGAUGCUGUCGACGCUGCCCAGUCCAUCGAGAACGAGGCGUUCGAAGUGGCGGGGAAGGCAGCGACUGCCGACGACGAUGGGAUCGAGAUUUUGCAGGUUUAUUCCAAGGAAAUUAGUAAGAGGAUGCUGGAGAAAGUGAAGGCUAGAUCUGGUGAGUCUACGUCUGCUCCUGAGACGACAGCGGCAACGGACGCGCCGAAUAAGGCGGAGGAGGAAGAUAACGGUUCGACGGCGCCGCCGCAGAGUGAGAAAACCGAGUCCGUUGCCGGCGACGAAUGAGUAAUUGAACGGUUGCGACCUUUCGUUUCCCCUUCUUUACGCCUUUAUUUUAUAAGCAUGUCUGUGGAAUCUCUAUCGGAUGCUCUUUUUUUUAUUAUUAUUAUUGUGCUGAGAUCUGUUGAACUAGAGUACUGUUGUUGUGUGGAUUCAUGGUGCUAAUAUUAUUUUAAUUAAAUAUUAUCACAUUAUCCUCCA